GACAGUUCGGCUAGCCAGAGGGUCUUCUCAGCGGUGGUGCCAGCACUCACCGUUAUUGCACAUUGUCCUCCAAAUAUGGAGAACGUAUUGUGUUCGGCAUUCUCGGUUAGUAGCGAACGGACUGGUACAUGACCGAGUAUACGAAAACUUUGAUCUAAUGGUGACUUGGAACCGUAGAGCAGAAUAUCCGAAAAGAGGAAGAACAUGCGCUGCUGUAAGCCACGCUUUGAAUGCUUCAGCAGGCAGCCCUGCCGUAUAAGACGGCGAUGAGGUUGCACGAGCUGAUCGAAAUUGAUAUCUCGCUGGAGUUCGCAGAGUUCCACAAAGUUGGCCGAGUCAGGGAGUUGGAUGCGAAUCGGUUUGGUGCUGCGUAUAAGCAGAUGAUAGACAGCCUGGCAGUCGGCAUAAUCGAUAUGUUCUUCAGCAUAGUAAUCGCAAAGUCGCUCCAGCAGCAGUUGAUAGUGCAGCAGACGAUUCAAUGGCUUCAGUAGCAGCUCACCAAUGGGCAGAUAACAUACCUUCUGCUGUUCAAAUUCCUUGUAGAGCUGCUGGAAACGAUUAUCCGUCUCGUACAUAUCAUUCAUGCAGUGUAAAAUGUCCAGAUGGGUCUGCACGUACUCGUCGUAGAUGGGCAGAGCGCCCAUGUGCUUCAUCAUGACAUCGCCAAUGCGAUGGGAAUCAUGAUUACCG